AAGGUCAAAAACUCACACCCAGUCAACAACACUCUCUUUCACUCUCCAUAUACAAAUACCCUCCAAAACUCCCUCGAUUUUCGUGCAGUGAAUCAGCUUUCUUUAGACCCCUUUACUUUUGUUUUGCUACUAAUAAUAUUUUCUACUGCUACUAAUAUUUCUACUGAAAAUGAGUAGCAAAUGGAGAAAAGCAAAGCUUGCACUUGGCUUAAAUCUUCGUGCUUAUGUUCCUCCACACCCCACCAGCUCCGAUGAUGCUUUGCUUUCUCCGGUGGCUUCUCCGGCCAACUCUAGUUCUCCAUCUGCACGCUUCUCUGCUAGCUUCUUCACUAGAUCACCAAAGAAAACAUGCUCCAUAUGUUUGGCUACAAUGAAGCAUGGAGAUGGUUGUGCUAUUUUUACUGCAGAGUGUUCUCAUUCCUUCCAUUUUCAUUGUAUAUCGUCAAACGUGAAGCAUGGUAACCAAAUUUGCCCAGUUUGCAGAGCAAAUUGGAAAGAAAUUCCCUGGCAGAGUUCUGCUUUGGAGCCUCCUGCUGGAAAGGCUAGAAUUGAUCGUGUUGAGUGGUCGCAUGACUAUACAUCAAUGGCAGUUCGUCUGCCGUCUCCUCGCCCUAAUUCUACUCGACAUGUAUUCCCUGAACCCGCUGUCUUUGAUGAUGAUGAAGCAUUAGAUGAUAAAACCAAGAAUGCUGAAAAGAUUGCAACAUAUACAAGUCCUCUACUUGAGGAUAUUGAAUCCUGCAAAACAGGAACAGUGAUGGUCCAGACAUUCGCGGAAGUACCAGCUGUCCCAGAGUUUAGUGCUUAUGACAAUUUCACUGUUCUGGUCCAUCUGAAGGCUCCUGCUUCAUUCUCGGAGUCCAAUUGUGAGACUGCUCAAUCUAGGUUGCCCCAACAUUCCCAAUCUCCUCGUACUCCCAUAGACCUCGUCACAGUGCUUGAUAUCAGUGGCAGCAUGAGUGGUACUAAAAUUGCAUUGCUAAAGCGGGCAAUGGGAUUUGUGAUACAAAACCUUGGGUAUAAUGAUCGCCUGGCAGUCAUAGCCUUCUCAUCAACAGCACGCCGCCUUUUCCCCCUUCGUCGUAUGUCUGAGACAGGACGACAACAGGCACUGCAAGCAGUUAACUCCUUAGUUGCAACUGGAGGAACAAAUAUAGCUGAAGGCUUAAAAAAGGGUGCUAAGGUGAUGGAAGACCGUCGCGAGAAGAACCCUGUUGCUAGCAUAAUACUUCUAUCAGAUGGACAGGAUACUUAUACAGUAUUUGGCUCUAGUAACAACCAGAAUGUACCGAAUUAUGACUUGCUGCUUCCUACAUCUAUUCAGGGGAGGGCCAGUUCUAGCUUCAGAGUUCCGGUGCAUGCUUUUGGGUUUGGCACAGAUCAUGAUGCCUCAUCAAUGCACUCCAUCUCUGAGACUUCAGGGGGGACCUUUUCUUUCAUCGAAGCUGAAAGUGUAAUCCAGGAUGCAUUUGCCCAAUGUAUUGGGGGACUUCUAAGUGUAGUGGUCAAGGAGCUGCGUGUGACUAUUGAGAGCGUUGACUCCGGUAUUAAGUUUAAUUCUAUAAAAUCUGGUAGUUAUCCACAUCGUGUGAUGCCUGAUCAAAGGGCUGCUUAUGUUGAAGUUGGUGAUUUAUACGCUGAUGAAGAAAGGGAUUUUCUCGUUUCAUUGAACGUGCCAGAAGAGUUUUUGAACAAAGAAACAGCACUUUUAAAAGUCAAAUCUGUUUAUAUUAAUCCGCUAACGGGGCACACAGUUACAAUGGAUAGUGAAGAACUAAAGAUCAAGAGGCCCGAAACGGCUGGAGAAGAGUUGGUGUCAGUAGAAGUGGAUAGACAGAGGAACAGGCUGCAAGCAGCCAAUGCAAUGGCAGAAGCUCGCAUUGCAGCUGAACAGGGUGAUCUAGCUGGUGCAGUUUCCAUCCUUGAAAAUUUUCGUAAGAUGUUGUCGCAAACUGCAUCAGCAAAGUCUAAUGACCAUCUCUGUGUUGGACUGGAUGCUGAGCUCAAGGAGAUGCAAGAGAGGAUGGCAAGCAGGCAUGUUUAUGAGGCAUCUGGAAGGGCAUAUAUAUUAUCUGGACUCAGCUCACACUCUUGGCAGAGAGCAACUGCAAGAGGCGAUUCUACUGAUAGUUCAAGUCUUGUUCAUGCAUAUCAAACCCAGUCAAUGGCUGAGAUGUUAAGUCGUUCUCAGGCUUCAUCGUCAGUUAGCAUAUCAAAACACAUGUUUCUUCAACCUAAGCCAAGGUAGUACUCUAACCUGUUCACGGAGAAUUGACCAAUAAUCAGUUCAUUGAGCCUUUUUUGGUGUUGGGUCAGAGGUCAGAGAUAGAUUGGAGGGUAUACAAGGAGCGGUUAUGGGUGUCAAUAGUGUUCCUGUUUUUAUAUAAUGUGCCAAGGGAUAGAACCUCUCUAUUAAGCACGAUGGUAUACAUAUAUGGAAGGGUAAAGAAUAAGGGGAAUAAUAGAUAGGUACUAUGGUUCUUUUGUUCUUUUGUCGUCUCUCCUCAGGUUGUUAAGGUAUUUGUGCAAUUGUGCAUAAGUGAUGGUUUUCAAGUUUUCAUUGCUAAGAAUAUAUGUAAUUGUGUAUAAGCUUGUGAUGGUAAGUUGAAGCUUGUUAUGAUCCUUUCGGAACGUUUUGAUUAAAAUCCUCGUUGUCAAGUAAAUAAAGUAA